CGGGUUAAUAUUUAAACAUAGAACCUAAUGUUAUCUAAUAGGACUCAACGAGGUUAAGAGUCAGCUCAGUUCCAUUUUCGUUUUUUUUAGGGUAAGGGUUUGACUUUGCUGGUCACAAAUGAAUGUUGCAUCCCUCCAUUUUUACCCUCCUUUAUAUAUAAAAACAAUGACUUGAAAAAGUUAAAGAACCAAAGCAUCAAAAGUAAAGAAGAAAAAAAAAGUACAGUGCUUCUUACUGUUACUAACUACUACAAGUUUCAGAUUCAUGAGAGAAAGAGAGAGAGAGAGAUAAUAAUGAUGUGGCUCUACUUUUCUUCAUAUUAUGUCAUCAAAAAAAAAAAACGAAAUUUUUUUCAUUUCCCCUUUCCAUUUAUAUCCCUUCCAACCCAACAAAAAAACAAAAAACAAAAAACAAAAAAUCCUCACACACCAUUUUUAAAUUUUUGGUUCAUAAUAAUAAUGCUUAUGGACCCUUCUUUCAAUUCCUCUCAUCAAGAACAUCAACAAGAACCAGAACAACAGGAAGAUCAUUGUUUACAAAUGCGUCAAUUACUUAUCCGUUGUGCUCAUUUUAUUUCUCAAUCUGAUUUCAUUUCAGCUCAUCAUCUUCUUUCAAUUCUUUCUUCAAAUUCCUCUCCUUAUGGUGAUUCAACUCAAAGAUUACUCCAUUAUUUCUCUUCUUCCCUUUCUCAUCUCCUCCCUUCAUCAAAUUAUAAUUCAUCUUUUCAUCAUCAUCAUCACGACAUUGAAAAGAUUCAAUCUUGUUACUUAUCAUUGAAUCAAAUCACGCCCUUUAUUAGAUUCACUCAUUUAACUGCAAAUCAAGCCAUUUUAGAAGGUAUUGAAGAAAGUGGUAUGAUUCAUGUUUUGGAUUUCGAUAUUAUGCAUGGUGUUCAAUGGCCUCCUCUUAUGCAAGCUUUGGCUGAUCGUUUUCCUUCUCCUAUGCUUCGUAUUACUGCCACUGGUGUUGAUCUUAAUUUCCUUCAUAAGACUGGUGAUAGACUCUCAAAAUUUGCCCAAUCACUUGGUUUGAGGUUUCAGUUUCACCCUUUGCUUCUUCUUCAUGAUCGUGAUCAUCAUCGCGUUAUCCCUGCUGCUCUUACCCUCUUCCCCGAUGAAGCUCUCGCCGUUAACUGCGUACUCUACUUGCACAGGUUUUACAGGUUAAUGAAGGACGAUGUUCGAGUAUUGCUUAAUAAAAUCAAGGCUUUGAAUCCAAAAGUGGUGACAAUAGCUGAAAAGGAAGCAAAUUUCAACCAUCCAUUAUUCAUGCAAAGAUUUGUAGAGGCAUUGAAUCAUUACACUUUAUUAUUUGAUUCAUUAGAAGCAACUUUACCUCCAAACAGUAGGGAGAGAUUGGCAGUGGAGCAAGUUUGGUUUGGGAGGGAAAUAAACGACAUCGUUUCAGGAGAAGUGAAUAAGAAAAAACAACACUAUGCUGAAAGGUAUGAAUCAUGGGAAACAAUGCUUAAAAGUUUAGGGUUUUCUAAUAUUCCUUUAAGCCCUUUUGCUCUUUCACAAGCUAAACUCCUUCUUAGACUUCAUUAUCCUUCUGAAGGUUAUCAUCUCCAAAUCCUUCAUGAUUCCCUUUUUCUUGGUUGGCAAAAUCAACCCCUCUUUUCAGUCUCUUCAUGGCAUUGAAAAAAAAACCCAAAAAAUUAAAAAUUAGGUUUGAUUUAGAACCUCGUCAAGAAAAAUAGAGGAAUUGACGAGCUUUAAUGUCCAGAGAAACGAUGAAGGUGCCAAGAAUGUAUCAACCUAGCUAGUUAAGAUGUUUAGGUACAUCUUCAGAUCUCUUAAGUAAAAUUAGCAAGAAGAAUAUGGAGAGUUUGCAUGAAAAGGAAGUAUUAAUCGUCUUUGAAAUUAGCAUGCUUUUAGAUGGGGUGCAAUGAAUAACAUGUCUGACUUAAUUGAGAUGUUCAGGCUCUAUUGAACUAGUGGAAGGUUGGUUUGUUAGCCUAUGUAAUUUGGCAUAUGAUGAUACUGGCUAACUUUGCUUAAUUAAAUGUGUAAAAGCCUAGAUUCUUUUCAGGUGUUCUUUCAAAGAGGGGAAAGGGUGAAACCGACAAAUAUUGAAAAUGUAUUAUUAUUUUUUGUUAUUGUACUAAAUAAAAUCUCUGUUUUAUUUUU